AUGACAGAACGAGGCAAUUUACCACAAUCUGCCACCAUCUACCACAAACACGUCGCAGCUGUGGACGGGGACAUCAAGCACUGUGUGAUAUUCAAGACAUCCACGGGCUACGGGUUCGCCGAGCCUUACGACCUGUACAGCUCCCUGAGAGAGCUGGUGCUUCACUAUAGACACACCUCCCUGGUCCAGCACAAUGACUUGCUGAAUGUUCAGAAGCAGUGUCUAGAGCUCAAUGCCACCAGGCCCAACUUGGCGGUACCCCGAGUGGAGGUGACCCGGUACUAUGAGAGUCUGUGUUCAGGCUGCAGGGCCUUCCUCCCCCAGCAGCUCUUCCCCACCUGGGCCAUGCUCCACGACAUCAUGGACGUCAAAUUGGUGCCCUACGGCAAUUCACGGGAGCUUCCCUCAGGGAAUUCUCCCUUCACCUGUCAACAUGGAGAACCAGAGUGUCAUGGUAACAUGAUUGAGGUGCGCCUGCCAAUCAAAUGGCAAACUGCUUGUAACCUGAAAUAUUGUUCAUUCAUGAUUUCAUACCUUCCGCUUAGGCAUGUUUUCUACAUUCAGUGGGAAUCUGCAGCUAACGUUCUUGAUGCUGCCCUACCUUGCUUACAGCUGCACGUCCCCUCCAUGAUGUGGGACAUUGUAACGUCCUGUGAGAAGGGAGAGCUCGGCUUCAAACUGAUGCAUGAGAACGUCCUGAAGACCAAAGCUCUCAGUCCGGCCAAAACACACGUCCCCAUGGUGACUAUAAACGGGGAAUACACGGAUGACUUUCAGGACAAAGCAAUGUCAUCGCUUUUCACCUUGGUCUGCAAAAUGUACAAGGAAAAGAGUUAA